AUGACACAUAAUUCUGUGCAGUCGGAGUUUGAAGGUUCUCGACUUAGUAUUGGUAGUCAAUAUCAGCAUCAACAACAACCUCAGCAGCAACAACAGCAUGAACAGCAACAACAACACUCACUGACAAUUCCAGAGACAAUCCCUCGUGUCAAAUCGCUAAAAUUCGAUAGCCAGCCAUUCUCGGUCUCCUUUAUGGGCGAAGUUGCUCAUAUCAUGUCUAAGUCUAAUGGUGACGAAAAGAGACCACGGGAUUCUAAACGAUUUAGUGGCCGUGGUCUGGCAUUGAUCACGGAGGAGCGCCCCGUUUCUCAUACUCUUGAAUCUUCAGAACCUCAUGUGCAAACUGAUGUGCCCAACAAUCAGCCUAUGCCAGUGCCUGACCAGCCAAUGCAGAGCCCCGGUAUACCAGAGAUCAACCUUCCAACUUCUACCCCAAAUAUUGAACCCGUUUCUGCCACAGCCAGUGACCGAGGCAGUGGGGAGUCAGGCGUUGUCUCAGUGCUCGCAGACGAAAAGGAUAUUGAAAAGGGCAGACUAUCGUUUGCCGUUUCCGAAGUGGACGUCAAGCCCACUCGAGAGUCCUCUGUCAUUUCUUCGGCAGAUACACUCGAUGACUCCAAGCAGAUUGAAGCAGAGAUAAUUGUAACCAAUGGUAAUCAGAAGCAAAAUCUGCCGGUGGAUGCUACAGGACAGCAACGGGGAUUGGGCCUCCGCAAAUUCUCGUUUGAAUUAGAACCAGAAAUCAGUCCGCCCAUAGACAGCCCUCCACUAGUAGACGGCCAGCAAGGAAGCUCUACCCAGACUACAAAUUGGCAAUCUGAGUACAAAUUUCCUCCUCCCGGAACUGUCCCUCCGCCUCCAGUUACAGAUGUGUCAAACAGCUUGCCCAGCAACCCAGUCCAUCCAGCCCAUGCACGAACCUGGGCUCAGACAGAACAGCGCAGCGUGUCUCCUUUGCCAUCUACCCAUGCACGCACCGACACAAAUGGCUCUGGAAUAUCCAUCCAGGCCCCGGGAGCGGCUACUCCCCGUACGCACGACCAGCAGACUAACGACAGAAAUGCCAACUACUACUAUUCCCAAGUGGGUGCGGGUUGCCCUGAUCCCGGUGUCUACCAUCCUCCAGACGAGCAGAAAAAGCGCCGGUCCAGCCUUGGGUUUACUGGCAUCAUGUCGAAGGUUAACCUGGGACGCAGCAAGGGGCAACCAGCAGACCGACCCUCAUCCCCUGCGCUAAAGAAAAGCAGCAAGAUGUUCAAAACACUGAAGUUUGAUCUACUACAUGGCAAAAAUAAGAAUAACAACGGUCCUACGAGCGAAGAGCCUGCCAUACCAACAGUUCACACUCCUGCUGCUUCCUAUGCCAGGCAAUUUCAGUCAGUAGGAAACCGGGAUGCCCUACAACGAAACACCCCAAGUGCUCUUUCAAAUCAUAAUACAGUGAACGGCUCCGUUCCUCACUUGAACUCAGGAGUAUAUGAUGAACCGUCUCCCCCAAUGAGCAAUCGGCCUUUCUCCCCUGAAACAGUGCUUUCACCAGCCAGAGCUUUUUCGCCUGAUAGAGCAUUAUCCCCCAGCAGGGCCCAAUCUCCAGCUCCAAGUGUAAAUGUGAACCAGCGAACCCCCAAUACAUCAACGGCAGAAGAGGGCUCCAGACAGGCUUCAGGAAACCGGCCAACGCGGUUCUACAAGUCCGUUAACUCCGUUAGCUCACGGAUCCCUGGGCCGUCAAACACACCUCCAAUGAGCAGGCAGCCUUCUCCCACGAAGGAAUUCUCAGAAGGCCCCGGGGGUAGAGUGGCUGGAGAACAUACUGGCCUUUUCAGUCCAACAGCAGUACCUUCAGGAUCGAACUUUGUUUCCAACAACCAGGUCAUCAUAACUCCACCCCUGUCACAAGCCAUGUAUUCUCCUACUGGCUCUGAGCAGACAACCAAAUCACCAACACACUCUCCUCACGCCAAAGAUUUACACUUCCGUUCUCGCAGUCCUCUUUCCAGACCUCCAGAUACCGCCGAUAGCCCUUCACUUGCUCCUGAUACUCAGGACCCUGCACAGAGGCUUGGAGCGUUCCAUGCCUCGGUUCCGCACACCUCGCGUGUAGGCGACCAGGAGACUCCAUGGACCAUCACGCUACCCCAGGAUGAGAAGCAUCAGAAUCCCCAGAUACCAUCCAGUACAUCUCAAUAUGCUAUGUCUACGACUACUUCUCCAGGGUUACGUCAUGUCAGCUCUCCGCAGCCAAUAUCACCACCUAAGGGAUCCCUUAAUGGCUCAUACUCAUACUUUGAAACACGUCCAACACCUGCCAGCAAUUCCAAUUCCACUGUUCCGUCUGGUGAUGCGUCAAACGGAAGCCGUAUCCCCGAACAAACCCGUCUUGUACACGUAGCUUCUAUGGAACCCGUCGAACUCCCAACAAACGAUGACUCGAGUGAAGAGAUAGUGAUGUCCAGCACCUCCUAUCCUGGCCAGGAAUGGCAGCCUGCCUACCUUGGCCAGUGGGAUUAG